AUGUCUAACCGCACUGUAACUGAAACUGAACUUGUAAAAUUUGGCGACGACUUACGCAAUGCUGCCAUAAACUACAAAAUCGCUUGUAUGUCUCUUCGUUGUUGCUACACUACAAAUGCUUCAUCUGUUAAGGAAUUCGUUGCUCUUCGUCGUAAAAUUACCAAUUACGCCAACGUCUACAACAGAGUGAUUUUACCAAUUGCGAAUAUUGUUGUUGAAAAUAUUCAAGAUUUCGUUGAAACCUAUACCGCGUUAAGCUUUGAUGAUUUCAAAGAAUGUAUCGAGGAUUUGGCUGAUGGUGCCAAAAGAAACCAUGAAAUGGCUUAUUUUACAAAGUUGCUUCAUGAGGAAAUUCUUUCCAACUUUAAAUCCGAACAAAACAGCGUGAAUAUUGUAUUGAAAAAGCUUGAAAAAGAUGCGGUGUGGUAUAACGCAAGAGCAAAACAAUUGAAAGAAUCGAGUAAUGCUAAGACAAGCUGGGCAAUUGGCUUGUCACUUAUUCCUGGCGUAAACUUCAUCGCGAGUCCAAUCUUGUGGUACAGAGGCAAGGAAGAUCUUGGUGAAGCAAUUGCAAUUGAAGAAGAAUCAAAGUUGGCUGUAGCCGCCACGCACAUUAUUCAAGAUGUCCUCGGUACUUCACUUCAAAAAUUUAUUCAAGCUUUAGCUGACAUUUCCGGAUUCUUCAACGUUCUUCAAAACGAACUUAGUAUCCUCGCUCGCAACAGCGAUAAUAGAAUUACAAAGUUGCACUAUUACAAGUGUAGAAAUAAAGUACCAACCAUCAUUGCCGCCUGUCAGUUUUACAUGAAAAGCAUCCCUGACUGCCAAACUGAGCUUUUAUGUAUUCCCAAUGGCUGUGAUAAUUAUGUACAACAAUGGCUUGUCGAGAAAAAAGAAAAGAAUGGAAAUUUACAUCAAUCAUUUUUGGAACUGGGAAGAAAUAUAUUCAACACAAAUGUUCAAUUUUUAAGAUUAAUAGAGUUUUUCAUUUGA